AUGAAGGUGAACGCCCGAAAAUGCUUGGUGACGGCUGCACUGCUUGUAUUUGGAGUCAGAGCAGCCGAAAUCAUCCCGGUUUCGAAUGGAAUGGAAGCGAUUCCAGACUCCUAUCUCGUGGUGAUGAAAGAUGAUAUUCAAGCCAGGGAAUUUGACACUCAUAGGAGCUGGGUAGAUGGCCUCCUACAUGACAAUGCUGCCGGUGCCAACGACGCAGGCAAAGGCUGGGGUGUGAAAUAUAUUGAGCAGGAUGCGAUGAUAAGGGCGCUGGGCUUGGUUACUCAGAAGGGCGCCGGGUGGUACCUCUCUCGCAUCUCACACAAGAAGCUCCCUCCUACCCCUGAAUACGUGUAUGAGGAGAGGGCAGGACAGAACGUUCACAUCUACCUCCUUGACACGGGAGUUGACGGCACCAAUAGUGGCCUAAGGGGCCGGGUCAUUCAGGGAAUCAAUACCACACCUGAUGGAGACAGUGAUGAAAACGGCCAUGGAACCUCUGUAGCUGAAGUCAUAGCUGGGACCGUUCAUGGAGUUGCCAAAAAGGCCUUGGUGGUGAGCGUCAAGAUCCUAGAUAACACAGGAUCUGGCUCAAUUUCUGGCAUCAUAAAAGGCCUGGACUGGAGCAUCAGCGACGUGGCUAAGAGGAAUAUCGUUGGUAAAGCGGUCAUGAACAUGAGUCUUGGUGGGGCGUACUCAGCAUCUUUCAAUCAGGCGACCGAAAAGGUUAUCAAGGCAGGAAUCUUUGUUGCUGCGUCGGUGGGCGCCGGAAAUGUAGAUUAUCCCCCCCUUUUUUUUUCUCAUUCCUCUAACUUUUGGUUUCAGCGCGAUGCAAGCCAGGAAUCCCCUGUCUCAGCUAAUGGAGUAUGCGCGGUUGCAGCCAGCACUCCUGCUGAUGCUCCGGCCUCAUUCGGUAGUUAUGGUCCCGUUGUCGACAUCUAUGCCCCAGGAACAAACAUUACAACGAGAAUCCACGGCGACAAGCUUGUGACCGUGUCUGGAAGCUCAUACUCUACCUCUCAGGUCUCGGGAAUGGCAACAUUCAUCAUUGACAUGGGAAUGAGUUCGGACAAGGUAUGCGAAACGAUAAAGAAGCUUGCCCUUCCGUCCAUCCAAGAUCCAAAACCAGGAACAACUAAACUCCUUUUGUACAAUGGAAGUGGCCUAUGA